CUUUUCCCAUUUAGGUUGCCAAUAACAUUUGGAUGGGAGCUAGCAGAGUUCACGCCAUCCUUAGCUCCUAAAGCAAUUCACUUCUAAUAUUUUAGUGGCUGUGUUGAUAAAGGGUACACUUACAGGGAUCACCCAACGUAACCUUUAAGAAAACGUAUUAAUAAUGUUUAAAAUCUCAAAAUGCAGAAAUGCUAGCCCAAUGAACUCACAUCCUAUCCUGUUCACCCACCUGCUAACAUCCUGCCAUGUUGGCUUCCUCUCCCCAUCUCCCCUCAACUCCCCUCUUAAACUAUAUGACACUGGACUGCUAAAGCCUUCAGCUGGCAUCUACGAAAAUUAAGGGCAUAUUCUCCUUCAUGGCCGCUAGUACACUUUGUAAAGUUAGCAGUAAUUGCAGAGCAUCAUCGAAUUCCGUGUCCAAAUUCAGUUUCCUAAAAUUGCCCCCAAACGUCUCUUAAAGUUGGUUUGUUCAAGCGAGGCACCAACCAGACCCAAGCUGUUCUCUUGUUGAAUACCCACCUUCUGUAUUUACCUGAUCGCUUCUGCAUUCUGUGAUUUAACUCAUUCCUUUCCCACCUACGUUUCUUUUUUAUUUAUUUUUUAUUAAAGCAAUUUUUAAAAUUGAAGUAUAGUUGAUUUACAACCACCUACAUUUCUUGCGAACAGAAUUUAGAUCAAAAAGUUGGAUUUUGGCUUCAGGUUAAACCCUUUGGACAAGAAUAUCUCCUAUGGGAUGCUAUGUAAUUAUAUUACAUCCAUAUGAGGGCAUACAAUCAGCAGUGGUUCUACUAUUAGGGGAGCUAUGUUUCUAGAUUAAGAUCAAUAGACAUUUUUGAUAUUAUCUCCAAGUUGUAUGUUUUUUGAAAUGGUGUUUUCUUUAAAGGAUAGAUAGUAACUGGGAAAGGAAGGAAGUUGGAGGGUGAAAUGACGCCACGCUCAGUGACGAUACUUUCUGUCUUAAAAUGUGUUUGACCGUUUCUCACUGCUCUGGACCACAUGAUAACCUGGCUCAUUUUUCUUCUUUCGUGUGCUGGAGGAGUGGACCACAGCGCUGCUUCUGGGGCUCUCUUUGUGCUUCUUUUCGGCGCUCUUCAAAGCUACUCAUUUUCAUGAACAGCCUCUUCAGGUCCUGGGACGCGUAUAUAAGUUUAAUGCCUUUGAUCUGGUGGUGGUGGCCUACAUGGAGGCUAACGGAUAAGAUGGCUUUGGCUUCGUUUAUGAAAGGCGUGUUGUUCAGUGACCCGCGUUUCACUAUCAUGCAACAUAUUCAUGUUUAAACUGAAGUUUGUUUUGCAAAUUGAGUUUAUUUACCCAGCCUGUGGGUUAGUGGUUUUCAGCUGGCGCAGGAUCCUCAUUUCAUACGUGGUGGAGGGGUUGCUGUGGACCUACAAGUAAGGGCACCUCUCGAAGGGAAAUAGAUUUAACGGGGGGCUUUUUAAAGAGCACCCACACCUUCCACCCUCUCGUCCUGGAAAUCUGUGGUGUUGUGAGUCAUUAUUAUUGUGCGUAUGUUGCAUGCCCCAAAAAGUAAGGUUGGAGCAGGAAAACAAGGUUGGACCCUAUGCUAGAUGACUGCACACUUUACCCCUGGCCACUUUGCCCCCUUCUUUUUUUCUUCAUUGCAGCUUCUGGAACCCUGACUUCGGCAUGCCUCGCUUACCCACGCUGGGCACGAGCUCUCCUGCCCAGUGUGGAUUCUGCCCAGACCUGGCACUCCGUGCGUUCUCCGUGUGGUCCCUGACCUCAUCUCUUUGUAACUCCGGAAGCAUUUACACGAGCCUCGGGGACUAGUCUCUGCUGCACGCAGCAAGCCGUCUGUGCUUCCAGCCCCGAGUCUCAGGGCUCAUCGGACUCUCUCCUUUUCUUAUAGAAACACCCAAUGCCAGCUACCAGGCCAGCCCAGCCUGGUCACAGCGCCUCUUUCACCGUCUCGGUCUGUAUCCUUCUAACUCUUGCUGUUCUGACCUUGACAGGAUUUGUAUAACCUCUAGAGAAAAAUCAGUGAAAUUUGCAUUGGCCUCAUAAAAGUUCCACAGCCUUUUACUCUAUGUUGGGAAGGCCGAGUAGUUUUGAAAGAUGCAGCCGCCCUAUGAAAAUGAGUAUCUGUUUCUUCUUCACGUAGACAUCAGCCUGCAUGGGAUUUAAACACUGUGCUAAAAGGAAUAAAAGUGUUAGGACGUAAAACAUGCAAAUAUAAAAAAGUACUAAAAGGAGGCCAUCAAUUGGACUUCGUAAAGUAUUAGCGGACUCAUUAACCACCUGUUGGGCGGAUUGCUUCUGCAGAUUGUAAACUCAUUCAUUAUAAAUGUUGUGUGAGCUUAAUUCUUAAGUUAGUGUCCUUGACUCCAAAAACUCUCUGUGGGUUCUAACUUCACUUCUGACUUUUGUACUCUGGUUCUUUGCAUGCAAUUUAUUUCUACUGGCAUACUAUUUUCACAUGAGAGAAAUCAGUUUCUAAUCUUGGCAGGGAAAAACCCCCCCAAAUUCUCAAGUAUUUUUAUUGGUUAUUUAAAAUACUUUUUCUAAUUUUAAAAUUAUUUUAAUUACCAAAGUAAUAGCCAGCCUAAAAAGGUUAAGCAAUAUAAACUUGUAUGAAGCAAACAAUGAGAGCUUUUGCCCUCAUCCUAGCCACCAUUUCCUUCCCUAUAAAUUUGUGUGUAUCUUUUCUGGAUAGUAGGCACACAAGCAUACACAUGGUCACAUAUAUAGACGUAUAUUACUCUAUGCACAUAGGCACACAAACUCAGUUUUUAUUUACUUAAAUGGGGAUCACGAUUAUGCUAAAAAAUAUGCUGCCAGUUGGUUUUUUAAAAACAAUACAGUUGACCCUUGAACAACAGGGGGUUUAGGGGGGCCCACCCUCCAGGAAGUCGAAAAUCCAAGCAAUUUAUAGUCGGCCCCCUGUAUCUGUGUUUCCUCAGCAUCUGAGGUUCCUCCACCCACCUUUCUGCCUCCUCAGAUUCAACCGAUUCCUGGGUAGUGUAGUAAUGCAGUUACUUUUGGAAAAAAUGCACAUGUAAGGGGACCCGUGCAGUUGAAACCUCCACUGUUGAGGGUCAAUGGUGUAUCACUCACAUCUUCUCACGUAUUCACACUGAACUUAAAACAAUAGGAAAGACUUUCAGCCCUUAACUUAGAGGCACCUCUUUGGGAUAGUAUAUAACACCAAUAAUUUUAUGGGAACCCUAAACAGUUGCAACUUGGUUUUGUGUCCUCUAGUAAUAAGUUUAUAUGAUUAAUUAUAUUUUUUUACACAUGGCAGGAAGAACAAUCGUUAGGACUCCUGAUGAAGAAACCAUGGACAUAGUACUUGCAAAAAACUACUCGGAAAUGGUGGGAAUUGUGUUUAAUGAUACAUAUUGGCUGAAGUUUAGCUGGGGACAUAGAAUCCCAGUCAUGAGAGAACACUUUGAAUACUCAGAACAUUGUUGGGCUAUGCGUGAUGAAAUUUUUUGUUCCUUGACAACAUACUGGCAAAGAGGGUUUGUGGCUUUUCAAACCACAAUUAAUGCUGCAAGUAUAGAAGUCACAACAAAUCGUUCUGUGAUGGAAGAGUUGACAUCAGUUAUUGGAAUAAACAUGAGGACACCCCCUUUCAUUUCUAAGGAAGAAACUACAAAUGAAUGGUUUAUUUUUAUUUGUGUCGUUUAUUUCUCCCCUUUUGUAUAAUCAUUAAACAUUACAAAGGAAUGA